AUGCUGCACCACCUCCGCCGAGGCGCGUCAACCGCCGCCGUCCAGCGCUCGAUCGGGCGGCCAGCGAUGACGCAAUCUCCAUCCCGCACCUUCCACUUUAGCUCUUCAACAGCCAAGUCUUCAUCUUCAAGUGGGAACCAGCGCACUGCCAGCGCCACUUCUUUCUUCCUGGACGCUAAGGCCGCGUGCAAGGGCAAGCGCUGCGCUCUCGGGAAGGAAACUAGUGGCAUUGGAGCCAAUCCAGCUACGUGUGGAGAGGACUCUUUUUUUUAUCACACCUGA